CUUCGAGCCCUUAGAUACCUAGGAAGCAAUGGUCGCUCCCUCCACGGGCACUACGGAUCGUCCGGCCUCCCCUCCCAAGCUGUCACUGAUUCCUCCGUACCACAUUGUCUACCUGGGGCUCUUGCUCGGUCCCUUGACCGCCUUCACCAUCCUCUCCCUCUUCUUGCAAACACAUACAUACAAUGUCUACCUCUCUUCUCCUCAUGCAUCCUCCACAGGUGAUGUGGUAGCCGAGCAUCUCAAGCCUGUGGCGUCGAUCUUCGCUCAGAGGACCAAUCUGCUCAACCGCGUCUUCAUCAAGAAUGCCUGGGCCUGGACCUCGGUUGCUUGGGUGGCUCAGGCGCUUACGCUCCGAGGACCGGAGUCACCCGAAGCGAAGAAGGCGGCUCAGAUUGCCAAGGGGAAGGCAAAAGCGGAUGCUGCCAAGGUCAAUGGAGCUGCAGAAGACGAGGUUGGGCCAGAGGAUCAGGAAGCUACAGUGGCUAGUCCGCUAGCGAAGAGUCUUCUGAGGUACGCCAUUGCUACGACUGCCUGGAUCUGCUUUUCCCUCUGGCUAUUCGGACCUCCCCUAAUGGAGCGCAUCUUCACAAGUUCUGGCGGUGUGUGCGUCCCUCGCCAGGCGGGAGACGCACUGGAUGGCAUGUCUAACCCUUCGGGAGAGGCAUCAGUGGCUGGCGAUGUGUCGGCUUUCCGGAUGCCCAACUCGCCAAUCGACGAAGCCUUUUGCCGAGCAGGACGCAGGGGAAUUAGCCUGAGCGAGAGACCGGAUCUGUUCAAGACUGCUCAUCUCCUCGUCACGGAGGGCAUCGGUAGCGGAAGGCUACGAGGAGUCUGGAGGGGAGGGCAUGACGUCUCUGGCCACACCUUUAUUCUGCUCUUGUCUUCCCUGCUCCUCUUGGAAGAGAUUACCCCCUACAUGGCCCACUUCUUCUACGAGUUCCUUCCCAAAGGUCUGCAAUAUCCUCUUCCCAAGUCCCUGACACCCAUCUUCCCGCGGCCACUGCGCUCGAAUCGCAAUCCCUUCAGGCAAGGCGAGCCGGCGAGGGUGCAAAACGCAGUGGUGAUGUCGAGCAUCUUGGCUCUAGUGGGACUCUGGAUCUUCUGCAUUAUCAACACUGCCCUCUUCUUCCACACGCCUGCAGAGAAGUUCAGUGGAGCAUUGGUGGCCUUGGGCGCCUGGGCGUUGCUGCCCAAGGGCGGGUAGCUGGGUGUUGGGCGACGGAAUUGCGGCGCCAUUAAAGGCAAGUAAAAGACAGAGGCGACGGAGAGAAAUCAGUCAGAGCAUAUAUGAAACAUGUCAACGGGCAGCGCAAUCGACAAUGCCAAUCAGUAUCAGCACCAGCAGUAGCAGCACUCCUCGUCCGGCGUGCCUCUGCAGUCUCGUC